UUGAGUACAUCGUGCAAAAAAAUUGUUCCAAUGCACCCCUUCACUAAGCGUAUGCACGCUGGCAGCGUUACCCCCCGCGAUUGACAUUCCUUCACGAGCGUGUGCAACAGGUCGGCGGCUUCGAUCCAUGCUCGAUGCCCCUGCGCAUGCGCUUGCUGCCGCUAUUGUCGCGAUGUCUUGAGGAUGGAGCGCGGACUCCAGCCCAUGGCCGAGCAUAGUUUAGACGCCUUGUGCCGCAACACCAAGUUCACGCGACGCCAAAUUCAGCUGAUGUACCGCAGCUUCAAACAGGAAUGCCCCACAGGUUACGUGGAAGAAGACACAUUCAAGCACAUUUUUGCCCAGUUUUUUCCUUACGGCAAUGCUUGCUCGUACGCGCGGUACGUUUUCAAGAGCUUCGACAGAAAUCGGAACGGCGCCAUCAGUUUCAAGGACCUGCUGUCGUGUCUUUCGUUGCUAUGUUACGGUAGCGUCCAAGAGAAGCUUCGGUGGGCAUUUUCUCUGUACGACAUCAACGGGGACGGCUACAUCACCAGGCAGGAACUCAUGGACGUCGUGUGCUCCGUGUACGCCCUACUCGGACGGCGCUCCAGCGCCGAUGAGCGGGCGCUCCGAGACCACGUCGACCGCGUCUUUCAGAAAAUGGACGUGAACCGCGACGGUGUAGUCACACUGGACGAGUUUAUGGACAUCUGCUCAAAGGAUGACACAAUCGCUCGAUCCCUCAGCCUCUUGGACAGCACAAUGUAGCAGUUGCCCAGCUGCAUGGCUGUCAACGCGACCGUCCAGCGACGUCUCCAAGCAGGUCUAGGUCUGACAGCGUCUGCUCCUCUCUGCUGUAAAUGUCUUCGUUAAGUGGGGGGCAACUUUCCAAAAUCAGUGCUAUACAGGAUGCUUCUGUAUGUGGUACAAAUGGUCGCCGUUCUACAGGUCUCUUAUCUGUUUCUCAACGGCGCUGCCAAAGCUAAGAGACAUUUUCAAGUUCGUUGCAUUUGGUGUGUUUUUUGUUUCGACGCGGAACGAUAUACAGGUUUUCACCGGGUGCGACAGGCCUGAACGAAAUGUGGAAUUUGACAUUGAACUUGUUUUUGAGCAACAGUGCCAGCUUGAGAGAGCUGCAAUGCUUGUAUAUAAUGUCGCAUCUCUUUGGUUCCACUUCCUUACUUGCAUUGUGUCCCAUCGCAUCCUUGCGGAACUUGUGUUCAGUAUUGUUACUUCCCGCGAGUGUUGUUGAAUUUCUCUACUUCCCCCACCUUUUAAAAAUGAGCCAUUUCCGGAAGUAAGGAAAUAAAAACACUGUGCCCAA